UUCGUCCUUCCCUUUUGCCGCUAAACCCAAUCAAGAGCAUUAUUCAACGACAAACAAACAACUCCCAAGCAAAGAUGGGUCGAUCCGUUUUCGCCCACUUUCUCAAUCUCUCCACCUCUUCUCCUCGCCUCGUCUCCUCUCUGUCGCUCGGUGGAUAUCGGAGUAAGCACUUCAAAGGACCUGCUUCGGUUCCUCAGCGCCAGCUUCUCGGCGGUGGACGCAAUUGCGCCCGUUUUCGAUGCGUUUGCAGCGUUUCGGUCACCGAACCCGCCAUUGAAGAAACUUCCUCAAGCUCCGUAAGGAAGAGGAUUGUGUCUGGAGUCCAGCCUACAGGAUCUAUCCACCUGGGAAAUUAUCUUGGUGCAAUUAAAAAUUGGAUUUCACUUCAGAAUACGCAUGAUACUCUCUUUUUCAUUGUGGAUCUCCAUGCGAUUACAUUACCGUAUGAUCCAAAAACGUUAUCCAAGGCAACAAGGGAUACAGCAGCUAUAUAUUUGGCCUGUGGAGUGGACCCAUCCAAGGCUUCUGUUUUUGUACAAUCUCAUGUUCGAGCACAUGUUGAGUUGCUGUGGUUAUUAAGCUCUGCAACACCUGUUGGUUGGCUUAACAAGAUGAUCCAGUUUAAAGAGAAAUCACGUAAGACGGGAGAUGAAAAUGUAGGAGUUGCUCUUUUAACUUAUCCUGUUUUGAUGGCUUCUGACAUUCUUUUAUACCAGUCUGACUUUGUGCCAGUUGGGGAGGAUCAGAAGCAGCAUCUAGAGUUGACACGUGAGCUGGCUGAGCGUGUUAAUUAUUUAUAUGGGGGAAGGAAGUGGAAGAAAUUGGGAGGGCGAGGGGGUGCUAUUUUUAAGGUCCCAGAGCCCCUUAUACCACCAGCUGGAGCCCGAGUCAUGUCUCUGGUUGAUGGUCUUUCCAAGAUGUCCAAGUCUUCCUCUUCUGAUCAAUCCCGGAUCAAUCUGCUGGAUCCAAAAGAUGUUAUAGCAAACAAGAUAAAGCGUUGCAAAACCGACUCAUUUCCAUAUCUAGAAUUUGACAAUCCUGAAAGACCUGAAUGCGACAAUCUUCUUUCAAUAUAUCAGCUCAUUUCAGGAAGAACAAAAGAGGAAGUUGCACAGGAGUGCAAAGGUAUGAAUUGGGGCACAUUUAAAUCCGUCCUAACUGAUGCCUUGGUUGACCAUCUACAUCCCAUUCAGGUUCGCUACGAGGAAAUCACUUCUGAUUCAGCUUAUUUGGAUAGAAUUUUGGCUGAAGGUGCUGCCAAAGCUUCAGAUAUAGCAGAUUCUACUCUUGAUAAUGUCUACCAGGCAAUGGGAUUUUUGCGGAGAUGAACAGAACCUAUGCUGCAGGAAAAUUCAUCUGAAAAGGCUAGUAAGACAACAACCUUAAAACUUUUGGAGGAUCCAUCAGAGCCCACAAUUUUUUGGGCGCAUAAAACCAAGCAUAUUCGUGAGGAGAGGGAAAAGAGAAUAGUUGGAAGGCCCACAAAUUCAUUGAUCGAGUUACCUCCUUCCAGAGAGGUGCACUUUUUAUAUCUUAUUGUUCACUCAACUCGGUAUAUUGCCCUUCUUUAAUAUUAUUAGGAUUUUCCAUUUCUGUGAAUCUUGUUUUCAUUUUUCAAUUUAUGCGCUAGCAUUUACUUGGCUAGAAAUAAUUGAAGGUCAUCUUUGGCUAGCAUGCUUCCCUUCGUCACUCUUAGCGACGUCAGGUGUUCUGGGUAGAAUUGUAACCAAGCAGUUCUUAAUGUGUUUCUUCUAGACCUAGUGAAAGCUGACUUUGUUGCUAACCAAUAGUAACCAAUUAACCGUAUAACAAGUUGAGUCAGACAGAGGUUCCUGAGAAACACAGGACACGGCAGAUUUUACCCCAAAUUCCAUUUAGUCUAAUCUUAGAGGCAUCUCCGUCC